AUGCGGUGGUUUUACUUUAACGUUGCAGGUUUUUUUAUCAAAAAUACAUAUCUGAAAUACUUUGCUCUGGCCCAAUCGGUCAAUUACCGGACUGAAAUAUUAUCCGGCCUGACGGUGGCGCUGGCGCUUGUGCCCGAAGCAGUCGCAUUUGCUCUGAUUGCCGGGCUGUCACCGCUUACCGGCCUCUAUGCAGCCUUUGUUAUGGGUUUGGUGGCCAGUGUGUUGGGCGGUCGUCCGGGCAUGAUUUCCGGUGCAACGGGUGCGAUAGCGGUGGUCAUCGCGUCGCUUGCGUUCUCCCACGGUGUUGAAUACGUGUUCGCCACUGUCAUCCUGGCAGGCAUUUUACAGGUGCUGGCCGGUGUGUUUCGCCUGGGUAAGGUGAUGCGCCUGGUGCCACAUCCGGUCAUCUUCGGUUUUGUGAACGGCCUUGCGAUCAUCAUUUUCAUGAGCCAGAUCGAUCAAUUCAGAUCCGGUGACAGCAGCUGGUUGGCAGGUACCGAACUGGCGACGUUUGGUGGUCUUGUGGUUUUUUCUAUGCUGGUCAUCUGGCUGUUGCCGAAGCUGACAAAAGCGGUGCCGGCAUCCUUGGUGGCGAUCCUUGCUGUGUUCGGCAUCGUCACCGUCCUGGGAAUCGACACCAAAACGGUUGGUGAUAUCACCUCUAUUGCUGGCGAGUUUCCGCCGUUUCACAUCCCUAUGGUUGAGCUCAAUUUUGAGACGUUAAAGCUGAUCUUCCCCUAUGCAUUAAUUGUGGCCAGUGUUGGUCUGAUUGAGAGUUUGCUGACGCUUAACAUUAUUGAUGAGAUUACCGAGACCCGUGGUCGCAGCAAUAAAGAGUGUGUUGCGCAGGGCACCGCAAAUGUGUUGUCCGGUUUCUUUUCGGGCAUGGGUGGCUGCGCCAUGUUAGGACAGAGCCUGAUCAAUAUUUCCUCCGGCGCACGUGCUCGGCUCUCGGGGAUUGUGGCCGCAAUCAUGUUGCUGGUUUUCAUCAUGUACGGCGCGCCAGUUAUUGAGCUGUUGCCCAUGGCAGCCCUCACCGGCGUGAUGAUGAUGGUGGCAAUAGGCACCUUCGAAUGGGCCAGCUUGAAAGUUUUUCAGCGUAUGCCAACGUCAGACAUUCUGGUGAUGAUACUCGUCACCCUGGUCACCGCUGUCCUGCAUAACCUCGCUGUUGCGGUGGUUGUUGGCGUCAUCAUUUCCGCGCUGGUAUUCGCCUGGGAUAGCGCUGUGCGCAUUCGUGCGCGCAAGUACGUUGAUGAGAAAGGCUGGAAGCACUAUGAGAUCUAUGGUCCGCUUUUCUUUGGAUCCACGACGCACUUUGCUGAAAAGUUCACUGUGCUUGAAGAUCCCGAUCACGUUGUGAUCGACUUUGCAGAGAGCAGGGUCGCUGACAUGUCUGCAAUAGAGGCGCUCAAUAAGAUAACCGAGCGGUAUGCCAAAGUGGGCAAGAAAGUGCAUCUGCGGCAUCUGUCUGCGGAUUGUAGAGCGCUGUUGGUAAAUGCUGAGGCACUGAUUGAGGUGAACUACUAUGAAGAACAGCCGGAUGCGCCUUAUACCGUGGCACGCUAUGAAGAUGUCAUGACCAUUCUGCGAGACAACGAAACAUUUUCGUCAGAUGUCUCCCUGCGUUCAGAAGAAGAAAAGAAAAUCAGACCUUCGAUGUUGUUCAGUGACCCACCGGUUCACAAUCGUCUGAGAAAACUGGUCAGUUAUGCUUUUAAGCCCCGUUUUGUCGAAAGUCAGCGCCCCCUGAUUGAGGCGCGCAGCGAAGAGCUGGUGAUCGACAUGACCCGGCAGCGUGAACUGGAUCUGGUUGAAGCAUUGGCUGCGCCGUUGCCAGUGACAGUCAUCGCACACAUGCUGGGUGUGGUUGAUGGAGAUUUGAAGCAGUUUAAAUACUGGUCUGACAAAAUUUUCAGCAAUAUCGGUGAGAUUCUAUUUGCACAGCCAGAUGCCGAAGUACAGAAAGCGCAGCUGGAAAUGGACACUUACUUUCUUGAGCGGAUAGCUGAACUGCGCAAGCAGCCUGAAGAUAACCUGCUGGGCCGCCUCGUCGAAACAGAAACUGAAGAUGGCAAGCUGACGGAUAAUGAAGUGCUGAGUUUCUGUGGUUUGCUGCUGAUAGCGGGUAAUGAAACAACGACGGGAUUGAUUACAGGCAGCGUAAGGGUGUUUAACGAAAUGCCUGAAACGUUUGAGCAACUCAAAGCUAACCCGGAUCUGAUCCCCACUUUUGUGGAAGAGACGCUCAGAUUUUACUCCCCAUUUUCGGCCACCAUUCGACGCACCACAAAGCAGACAACGUUGUCUGGCAUAAGUAUUCCCAAGGGUGCGCUGGUUCUGCCGCUGAUCGCGUCUGCAAACAGAGAUGAAUCGGUGUUCGAGAAUGCUGACCAGUUUGUGAUUGAUCGACAGCCGAACCCGCACAUUGCACUUGGUUUUGGGAUACACAAUUGCCUGGGUGCUCACCUGGCACGCCUGGAAGGCGAAGAGGCGGCUCCAGGUCAGCUCGGUGGACCGAGUAAGCUGGCGCGAAACUUUGCCGUUGCUGGUCUUGCAGCUUUGUUGCUCCUCUCUGGUCAUGCUCACGCUGACUGCAGUAAAACGCCUGGGAUCAGCCGCUUUUAUCAAAGCGGCUGGGGUAUCGACUUCAAAAGCCAGCGAUUUGCGAAAGAUACCGUCAUAAAUGGCGGUAAUGCGGCCAAUCUGAAAUUGAAGUGGGCCUAUGGAUUCGGCACGCAAUCUCCACGCGUUUUUCCACUUGUUACUGAAGAUACGAUAUUUAUUGGCGAUGCUAAUGUCGGGCUGGUGGCGUUAGAGCGCGAAAGUGGUUGUACCCGUUGGGUGAACCCCGACAUCAGCGAUCCUUCUACAGCUAUCAGUCACGGUGUGGUUGAUGGCAGAACAGUGCUUGUCAUCGCGGGUCGUCAAUCAGGUAUUUUUGCUGUUGAUGCAGCAAGCGGUGCAACCAUCUGGGAGCGCCAGGUGACUGAUGACAACCCCGUGCCUGUUUAUUCCGGCAGUCCCUUAGUGUUUGAGGAUCAGGUGUUUGUGCCUUUGUCAUCCAUGGAGAUUGGAUUGUCAGCUAACCCAUUUUACGGCUGCUGUACAACCAGUGGCGCGGUAGCUGCGCUCGAUCUGCGUACCGGUAAAACCAACUGGUACAGGCGCACUAUUCCUGAUGCCCCGCAGGUGACGGGCAGACAUUAUUUUUUUGUAGAAGAGCAUGGACCGAGCGGCGCGCCUGUCUGGGGUGCGCCGACGCUGGACGUCGAACGUCGCCUGUUAUAUUUCGGCACGGGACAGAAUUACAGUCAUCCGACAACAGCAACAUCUGACGCCAUCUUUGCAGUUGAUAUAGAUUCCGGGGCGCCUCGUUGGAUAGCGCAGUUUACUGAAAACGAUGCUUUCAACAUGGCCUGUACAGCGGGCGGUGUGAAUUGUCCUGAUCCCAUGGGGCCUGAUGUUGAUUUUGGCGCGCCACCCAUUCUUGUGACGUUACCCAAUGGUCAGGACGCAGUGCUGGCCGGACAGAAAUCCGGCGAUAUAUGGGCCAUUAAUCCUGAUGAUGGCACGACAAUCUGGCAUACACGUAUAGGUCGCGGAGGCGCGUUGGGGGGCAUCCACUGGGGGAUGGCGGUUGAUCAGCGCAAUGCAUCUCUUUUUGUACCGAUCAGUGACUUGCCAGCACUUCCCGGGACAGGUGAGGCAGAGCCAGGCAUGUUUGCGUUGGAUAUCGCCACCGGUCAGAAACGUUGGUCUGCACCGCGCGUGCAGCGAUGUGAGGGGCGCCAGUGUUGGAGCGGUCUAUCUUCAGGGAUUACCGUUGCAGACGGUGUCAUUGUGUCUGGUGGGCUAGAUGGUUUGUUAGAGAUCUAUGAUUCUAUUAACGGUGCGCUUAUCUGGUCUUUUGAUACCCAGGUCGAAUUUGAAGCUGUUAACGGAUUGCCCACGAAAGGGGGGGCAAUAGAUGCCCACGGACCAGUACUGGCAGACAACCUGUUAAUCGCAAUCUCUGGUUAUGGUUCCUUUGGUCAGAAACCGGGUAAUGCGUUACUCGUGUUCGAAGUGCCGGCGGAGUCUUUCCUGGUCAUGCUGGUUUCUGGUGCCAUGGAAACAGCUGACGCCUAUGCCGGCAAUCAGAUCUGGUUGCGCGGUAUUGGGCUUGGCGUGGCCGGUUACUUAUUGAUCAACGGAUGGCUGCUGCAUAGGCGCGGACAAACCGUUGGCAAGAUGGUGAUGGGGAUUAUGAUCGUGGACGCCCAAUCCGGCGAAAAGGCGGCGUGGUGGCGUUUGAUUGCCAUACGCGCGUUGUUUUUUCCGCUGCUCUAUUUACCUUUACUGUAUUCAAUUGUUGGCCUGUGGGCUUUGUUGCCGCUGCUUGAUCAGGCAUUUGCCUUGCGCCGUGACCGGCGUUGCCUGCACGAUCUGGCAGCCGCACUGCUCAGUGUUGCGCUGACAAAUUUCUAUACCCAUCCACAGCUGUAUGUCGUGACUGGGUUGAUGAUUAUGACGGGCCUCAGUCUCUAUGCCUGGUAUGUCGAUCGUCGUUGGCGGCUCGAAAAGUUAGGUUGGGUCUUGUAUCUCGGUGUAUUGUCCGCCUGGGAAGAAUGGGUGUUUCGGCUUGCGGUGCCUUACUUCAUGGAAAGCAGGGGUGUUGAAUUGUUUGUCGCAGUAUUAGGGGCAAAUAUUAUUUUUGCUGUGGCGCACUAUUUUACGCUACGCUGGAAGUGGCAGUGGUGUGUCGCUGUAUUUAUCUUUGGCAUGCUGCUCAGUCGGCAAAUGGAUAAUCACUUUGAUCUGUUGUUGGUGGUGGGUAUUCAUUGGGUGUUUACGUUUCUGAAUACGCCGCGGUUACCCGGACGACAUGCAGUACAGGUUGAAAUACUGAAAGAGCUGAUGCAGCAGCUCGAUGAUGGUAAGAACAUAGAUGCCGGUGUGCAGUACAAGAUGCCAACCACAUCGUAUGUGUGUCCGGAACUGGCUAACCAGGAAUGGCAGUCGUUCUUUCAAAACCACCCCCAGUUGAUUGGUCUUUCAAACGAUUUACCUGAGCCGGGCAGCUUCAUGACGCUGGACGACUUUGGCACACCAAUAUUGGCAACGCGGGAUAAAGCAGGUGAGUUUCACGCUUUUCUGAAUGCCUGCCGGCACAGAUCGGUGAAAGUUGCGGAUGAAGAGCGUGGUCGAAAGUCGGUAUUCAUGUGCCCGUUCCACAACUGGAGUUAUGCCAAUACCGGUGAUCUGAUCUCUAUUCCUGACGAGGAUCACUUUGGUGCCAUAGAUAAGAGUUGUCACGGCUUGAUCGAGCUGCCUGCGGUUGAACGCGAUGGGUUGCUUUGGGUGCAUCCCCAGCCUGAUGGGCACCUUGAUAUUGAUGAUCUUCUUGGCGACCUUGCAGCAGAGUUGGGAUCUUUCAAUCUGGCGGAAAAUACCUUUGCAGGUAACAAAACCAUCGACAUGAAUCUGAACUGGAAGUUUGCUAACGAUACGUUUGGGGAAACCUAUCAUUUUGGAAAACUGCACAAAAACACGCUAGGUAAGCUUUAUUACGGUAAUAAUCUGCAUCUGAAAGUAUUUGGGCGCCAUCAUAGGUUUGUGACCGCUAAUCGUGGCAUUGAUGCGAUCCGGGCUCUACCGGAACAGGAUUGGAAGAUCACAAGCGGUACGUUUGUCCUUUACCACCUGUUUCCGAACAUUCAGCUUAUCGUGAAUGCUCAGAACGUCACGCUGAUUCGUAUUUACCCAGAUCGAAACAACCCUGGCCGUUCAAUCACGCGUAUCUCCUUUUAUUUUGCGCCGGAGAUUGCCCAAUUGAUUGCGCAGGCUGAUGAGGAGGCUGUCGCAACAGGGGAUGUCUAUAACUAUGAGGAGCGGACCGGAGGAGACGGCGCAGCAAGCCUGGAGGCCUCUCUCGAAGUGUUUCGCAGCACAGUUGAGCAGGAAGAUUACGUGAUGGGCGAGAUGCAGCAGCGUGCUGCGGAAAACGGCCAGUUGAAAGAAAUCAUCUUCGGCCGCAAUGAGCCUGCGCUGCAUCACUUCCACAGCAGCUACCGUGAUGCCCUUGGUCAGCCGCCGCUGGAUGUGAUCGAAUCAUCCUGA